AUGGGGCACCACGACCUCGCUGUGAUGCAACGAGAUCGUGUGGUUGAAUGGCUUUUACAAGUCAAUCCUUCUGACGGGACUCCCAUUGAGUCUGGUGUUCCAAUGGGCGGUGGCCAUAUCACAGAAUACCAGGGUAAUUGCAGCUCUGCUGUACCAGGGGACGCCAAUACGAUACCUUGUGGUCAAAGAGGAAUCGGUGGCCCGAUUGAGUUCAUGGAACUCCCCAGGAAAUCAGAUUUGAAACAUCCCACUUAUCUAAACCCGGGUGUAACUCAGCCCAACCCCACUAGAAUGCCUUUUAGCAAUAUCGACAACGACGCACAACCCGCGACAAGUGCAUUGUACGAGAAACAGCCAAGAAGGAAGACGCGGAAAGAUCGAUAUGACCCAAAAGAGGCCUCUAGGAACCGAGAUCAGUCAAAAGUUGCAAGAAACGAAAAUAAGAAAUUUCGAAAUACUAAAAGGGUGAAGCGAAAACAUGGGAAAAGGCUCCUUGAGGAUCAAUUUGUUGCCCCCAAUGUGUCUCAGAAACGGCUUACACUUAGCUCUAAUUUUGAUGUGGGCAUGUUUGCGCGUGGGCGUGCCUCUUCGCCUUUAUCGUACAAAGUUCCGGACCUCACUUUCUCGGAAAUGAAAUUCUUAUCCCAUACUGCAAAGCAAAAUCAAACUAUUACUCCAACCGACGUCAACAAAGACAGGGCGGUAAAUAGACCCCCGAUCCUCGAAAUUUCAGAAUACUUUGCUCGUCCACAAUUACCAAAGGAGCCGGCAAAAAGCUGCGCUUCGUCAACUUCGCGCUCUAAAGUUAAUCCUCAAAAAUCUAUGGAGGAGUCGAUUUCUAUAAACCAACCUCCCAAUAAUGCUGUAAUUGCACCCUUAGAUUCAUCUCCACGUUUGCAAGUGGCGCACCGGCAUAGCGGAAAACGAACCAGUCGGUCGACAACAUACUACUCCUGGUCUGAGAGUAACUCCGAUGAAAACUCGGGGUUUGAAAAUCGGGCUGGUGGGAAUGCACCUCACCCGCCUCCGCCCCAUAAACCAGUACCGAUGAAAUCAGAGAACCAAGCACAAUUACAGCGUUUGGUGGAUGAUUUUGAAUACGAUCCCCUUGCCAUAUCAAAGGCAUACGACAUGGUUUUUAAAAAUGCCUAUUUAGGCCAAGCAUGCGAAUCUACCGCGUCAUCCAAAGUCGUCUAUAGCCUAGAGGAUUUGAAAGAACUCGCAAAUCAGCUAUUUGCGUCCACCCCAGGAUUACGACAAUGGGCCACAUGUCCUUUAGACGGAGUCGAGCAGCAAUACGGCAGUACCAGCCAUUGCGGAAGUAUGAGAGAGAAUGCUUGCAGUGCCUAUAUAGAGCCCGCAACUCAACAAAGCCAAAGUUGGAAACUCGAAUUGCCUUAUUUAGAAGAUAAAUCUAAAGCGCGGAGCCAGCCUCAAGUUUCGGAGAGAAUAGAACAGGAACACCACUUAUUAAAUGGAUAUUUUGAAAACCGUCCUUCUCAUGCCCAUGGGAUUGAUCGCAAAUAUCUUCCCGGGAACGUUGAGAGCAUACUUGGUGGCCCUGAGGCUCCCUCGCCUUUAUCUACAGGCACAACCCGGAAUCUAACAAACCCUUUUACCUUUACCCGAUCUCGCCUUGAAGGGACUACAACGCGAGAAAGUUUAUACCAGAUGAAUUUCCAGGAACCUGGGAAAAUGUUUGGCCAGCGAUGUACGGAUAUAUUGAAUGGGAAUCCUGGUCCAUCAACACCAAUAAGACCCAGGUUAUUCAAUAUUUCUAAUGCGAAUUUAGAGACAUUAUUACCUUCGGAUGCAAGGGAGUGGAGUGAAGAGUUAAUGAAUGAGGAGGGCGAUCAGAAAACAAACGAUCUCGAGCACCUUGAGGAACCUUGCGCGGCCAGACCAAGUCUGUACAUGUAUCGACAUUCUAAUCUAAACCCUGACGAUGAACCGCAGAAGUCUACGACUCACAGGGAUGGCAAUCCCCCGCCCUUUUUCCUGCCCUUUGACACAACGCUUCAACCCCUUCAACGAAACUCCAGCAACAUAGCUUCAUUGGCCGGUUUAUCUUCGUUUUGGCGUCCAAAUAAGUUAUAUUGA